CACCCUGUAUAUGGACAGGAGAAAAAGUAAACACCGUGUAAAGGCGCGCGCGCUGUGUGUGCUAGUUUAUUUAAAAAAUUGAUGUUAUCUAGUGAGAAUUAUUCAAGUCAUUCUCCUAACUUUCUAUUUCCGGCUAUCACCUGUUAUUACAACUCUAAAUUUAUGGAAUGACUCAACUUCAAUACAAUGGAACAUUGACGGCCCCCUAGAGCCAUUUAAACGGAGCAGCCCUAUGCGAAUGUUCGUACAACUUUGGUUAAAAGAAAAAUCAAAUAAAAAUCGAACUUAUCUUGCGUCACAAUCACUGAUAUGAUCACUGAUAUAUUGCUAUGUAUAAUCAUUGAUACCUGUACGAACUGUAUCAGCGUAUUGAUAGUACGAAAGAUCUUACCUCUCUUAUCUCUGCUAUCUUCACGAUAAAUGAAAACGCUAUCCUCCCUUCCUAUCAUUGUUUUCGUCGACGUGUUACAUCCAAAGAGAGCUACGCAUAUGCAUUCAUAACGUUCUACGUCACAUACGACAAAGCAACUUGUUAGUCUGUUAUCCCAUCAUAUAACAAUGGUUUCAUCCUUUGUGCUAUUACUGACUACUCUGGUCGUCACCGGCGUUCUGAAAAUUGUCUCUGUUUUGCAUCACAUAUAUUUUUAUUGGAAGAAUAAGGGCCUACCUUACCUGCCAAACUCGUUAUCGUCUCUUAUACUGAACUGGAAAUUUUCUUUGGGCUACAUCACCGUCGCCGAUUAUUGCCAACAUAUAUACUAUUACUUCUCAAGGGCUAAAUAUGUUGGAAUGAUGGAUUUAGCUACGCCUACCAUACUUUUGCGCGAUCCCGAGCUGAUUAGAGACGUCAUGGUGAAGGAUUUUGAAUAUUUCCCGGAUCAUCACAGCUUCGUUGAUGUAAACGCAGAACCUCUCUUUGGCAAGAACGUCUUCGCCUUGCGCGGAAAUCGUUGGAAAGAAAUGAGGAAUACACUGAGCCCCACUUUCACUGUCAGCAAAAUGAAAUUCAUGUUCAGUUUGAUAUCGGAAUGUUCUCGCGACUUCGUCAAUUAUUUGGUCGAUCAUCCUAAGCUCUGCCAUGCCAUCGAAACGAAGGAAGCCUUUAGACGGUACACUAAUGACGUUAUUGCUACGGCAGCAUUUGGCAUUAGUGUGAAUUCUAUGAAAGAUCCAGACAACGAAUUUUACAUAAAAGGAAUAGAGACUACUAAAUCUUCUUCUGGAAUACUAGCUGCGGCUAAAGUCAUGUUUUUACGUGCGUGUCCGUGGUUUGCUAAAUUAAUAGGCCUGACUUUUUUCCCGUCAGCUACGUCCAAGUUUUUCAAGAAUAUCGUAAGGGAAACCGUUAGAGUGCGAGAAAAGCAAGAUAUCAUUCGACCGGAUAUGAUUCAUUUGCUAAUGCAGGCUCGGGACAAGAAUAGUGUAUCCAAAAUGUCAUUAGAUGACAUCGUUUCGCAAGCUUUCCUGUUUUUCUUGGCUGGCUUUGACAUUUCCUCAACCCUGAUGUGCUUUGUUGUGCACGAACUAGCUGUCAAUCAAAACAUUCAAGAUUGUCUGCGCGAGGAAAUACAGCAGCAUUUUGCAGAAGGAAACGGUGAGAUUUCUUACGAGUCGCUAUCGAAGAUGUCUUACAUGGACAUGGUGGUUUCCGAGACUCUCAGAAAAUAUCCACCGGUGAUCUUCAUAGAUAGACUUUGCGCGAAGAAAUAUGAACUGCCUCCAUCACAACCAGGCGGCAAAAGUGUAAUCGUCGAACCUAACACUAAGUUGAUGUUUCCCGUUUAUGCUUUACACCACGAUCCAGCAUAUUUUCCGAACCCGGAUAAAUUCGACCCCGAAAGAUUCAGCAAGGAGAAUAAGGACAAUAUUUUACCAUAUACUUAUCUACCGUUUGGUCACGGGCCUAGAAAGUGCCUCGGCAAUCGAUUUGCUCUUAUGGAGACUAAGAUUCUGAUAGCUCAUCUUUUACAGAGAUUUACUUUAAGAACUGUAGAAAAAACUGUCGAACCAGUUGUGUAUUCUAAAAAGGCGUUUAGAUUGCAACCUAUUGGCGGAUUCUGGAUUGGCUUGGAGAAGAGAGAAACAUGAAAAAUUUUGUAUGACAUAAUUCUACGAUAUAGUUGUAUUCGUAGAAGUAAUAUCGUGUUUUUAACUAUCAACGUAUUCAGUGCCUUUAAAAAUGAUUGAAAUAUAUGUACAAUGAGAUUUAUUUGUGAUGCAUUACAUUAUCAUUUACAAUGUACAAAUGAAAUGAUUAGUUAAUAGAGAUUUUGCCAAUAAGAAAUGUAGAAAUUGAUAAACAUUGUUAUUUGCUUAGAUUCUCUACACGACGUAUUGAUCAUUUUUAAUGACUUAUAUAAUUUCCAUUUGUUGUCCAAUAGCACAGUUGAGAUAAGGACGAUAUCAUUAAUUCCUUAUAAAAGCGAAUAUUUUUAUCGUAGGAUCGUCAAUCACAUUUUUUUUAGAAAAUAUAAUAAUAUCGUUAUCAGUUUAUGCAAUACACAUACGAAAUUCGUAUUAUAUGUGCAUUUACAUUUUAAUCAUAAAAUUUGUAAUAUCUUAAAAAUUAUAGUAUCUUAUAAUACCUUAAAAGAAUUUCUACGGAAAAAAUACGGAAAAUUAUUUCAAUGUUUAUAUUUUUUCACAAAACAAUCGGAAUAAAUAAAAAACAUUGAAUUUUAUAUGUACUUUUAUAUACAUGUAUGUAUGUAGAAAAACGAUGAUAGAAAGGAAGAAACGUUUCUCACUAUUAUUACAAUGAUAGUGUAUCGUAUAAGACAAGCUAGUCGAUCUACAAAAUAAGAAAAAUGCGCACGAUAAUGUUUUCUUAAUACUGUAACUUUAUGAAGAAAAAAAGUCAACUACUUAUAUUGCAUAUUUGAUAUGACAACAAAAUUUCUAUAUUAUAAUUUACUAAAGCUAUUCGAUGUUACAGCAGAAGAUAUUUGGUAGAACAGAAAUAAUUUUAUUCUUAUAGUUUAAUAAUUUGCUAAUUGUGAAAAAUUAUUUAAUUACUUAAUAUUGCUGUCCAUAUAAUAACUGACAUAACUGACUUGAGGCAGCAUAAAUAAAAUGUACUAUGCUAGCAAAUUAUUUUCUCCGUGCAGAGUCUGUAAAUUGAAUGAGUUUUUAAGUUUCUCUCCCUCCCCCUUCCACCCUCCUUUCUCUCUCUCUCUCCCUCUCUCACACUCU